CUCACGGAAGGUAAGUCGUGAUUUAUGAAUUAGAAGAACAAGCAUUGAAUUGUCUUUAGAAACCAUUCGCGUAUUUCCUGAUGUGAAGCUAAAUGCCAUGGUAGCAGAGUUAACUCGACUUCAAAAACAGGCAGCUGAAUAUCUUGAGCACCUAUUAGAUCAAAAGGAACAAUUGUUGAUGGAUGCAGAGACAUAUAAUGACUUGAUCAGUUGUAUUGUGGGGCAUGCGCAAAGGCUACGAGAACAGAAUCCUAAUAAGGAUGCUAGUCCGGCGAUGGUGUCCAAAAAGAAAAAACCUAGCAAUAGUUCAUUUUCCAAUAUUAUGCGACGCAAGACAACAAGUCAUGCUACUCAAAGUGUAUCAAUGGGCGGCGGUGUUGUAGGAGUACAGCAACCACAGCAGACUUCUUUAUCUAAAAAACCAGCACCACCAGCUUCUAAAUUGGCACCUACAGCAGAGAGUAGGAGAUCAAUGUAGAAUAAUACUAAAGGAGAGAAUGCCUCUUAUGCAUUCAUAUUUGUAUACCAUAAUAAUUCUAUAAAAAAAUGAUUGUAUACAUGUAUAUUGUAUAUGACUGUAAUAUCUAUAAAUCAGAG